AUGGUGACGGGCUCGGCGCUGGGAAACCGCAGCCGGGACCGAGCCGCGCCGCCGCCGGCCCCGCGCCCCUCGGUGCCGCCGCCGGGGCGGUGCGGCGGGGCGGCGGCGGCGGCGGUGCUGGCGGGGUUGUGCGCACUGUGCUACGGCAACUCGCUGCGGGGAGAGUUCGUGCACGACGACGUCUGGGCCAUCGUCAACAACCCCGACGUGCGGGCGGCCGCUCCCGUGGCCGCCGCUUUCUCCAACGACUUCUGGGGCAAGCGGAUGGCGGAGAACACCAGCCACAAGUCCUACCGGCCCCUCUGCGUCCUCACCUUCAAGUUAAACAUCUUGCUGGCUGGAAUGAACCCCUUGUAUUUCCACGCAGUGAAUGUAAUUCUACACUGUCUGGUGACUCUCGUGCUGAUGUAUACUUGUGACAAAGCUGUGUUCAAGGACUGUCGACUUGCUUUUGUCACAGCGCUGUUCUUUGCUGUGCAUCCCAUUCACACCGAGGCUGUAACAGGUAUAGUAGGCAGAGCGGAUGUCCUCGCCUGUCUACUCUUUCUGUUGGCUUUUCUCUCCUAUAAUAGGAGUGUGGACCAGCUUUAUGUUGGGGAACAUUUCCCUCCCACUGCCUCCCCAUUCUUUUUGCUGCUUAGUUUAUUCCUUGGGACGUGUGCAAUGCUCGUGAAAGAAACUGGAGUCACUGUGUUUGGUGUGUGCUUGGUAUAUGACUUCUUUUCCCUCUCCUGCAAUAGCCUCAAACUGAGGAAUGGGGGCACCCAUACAAGAUCUGUCCGGCAGCCUGCAGCUUCACUCCCUGCCUCGCUGCCAGUCUCAUCUCGGGAGAAUGGGAAGCAUCGCUUCGCUCACAGGACUGCCUGGAGCUCCUGCCACCCUGAGGAGCCGCGCAGCAGUGGCCUUCCUGUGCCCAGCAAAGCUAUCUGGGCUAUUCGCAGCUACCUGACUGCAAAUAACAAUGAGAAUUUCUUGUACACUGCAAGACCUUUUUUGAAGAGAGCUGCUCUGGUAAUAAGCUAUGUGAUUCUCAUUUUGUAUUUCCGUCUCUGGAUAAUGGGAGGAUCCAUGCCAAUGUUUUCAGAACAGGACAAUCCAGCUUCAUUUUCACCCUAUUUGCUGACGAGGUUUCUGACUUACUCUUACCUCCUGGCCUUCAACGCGUGGCUUCUGCUGGCACCCAUUACCCUGUGCUAUGACUGGCAAGUCGGCAGUAUCCCUCUGGUCGAGUCUGUCUGGGAUGUGAGGAACUUGGCCACUGUCUUCCUGGUGCUGGUGCUGGUGUUACUUAGCCUUCACUGCCUAGCUGCAUUCAAGAAACUGGAACACAAAGAAGUUUUGGUUGGCUUGUUGUUCCUGGUUUUCCCCUUCAUCCCAGCCAGCAACCUCUUCUUCAGGGUGGGAUUUGUGGUGGCAGAGCGAGUCCUUUACAUGCCGAGUAUGGGGUACUGCAUCCUUUUUGUCCAUGGUCUGAAAAAGCUGACUACGUGGUUAAAUAAGUGGCGAAUUACUGUUCUGACUCUCUUUGCUUUACUGCUGCUGCUGUUCUCUUGGAAGACAGUGAAACAGAAUGAAAUCUGGCUCUCCAGAGAGUCCCUGUUCAGCUCAGGAGUGAGGACUCUACCCCACAACGCCAAGGUGCACUACAACUAUGCCAAUUUUCUGAAAGACCAAGGCCGUAACGUGGAAGCGAUCUACCACUACAAAACUGCUCUCAAACUGUACCCUCGCCAUGCAAGUGCUCUCAACAACCUGGGAACACUGACCAAAGACGUGGUGGAGGCAAAGGAGUACUAUAGACGGGCCCUUCAGUUAAACCCUCAGCACAAUCGAGCUCUCUUCAAUCUCGGCAAUCUGCUCAAGUCUCAAGGGAAGAAGGAGGAGGCUGUAAUCUUACUGAGGGACUCCAUCAAAUAUGGCCCAGACUUCGCAGAUGCCUACUCAAGCCUGGCCUCACUGCUGGCUGAACAGGAACGGCUGAAGGAAGCAGAGGAGGUCUACAAGACUGGCAUAGAGAAUUGUCCAGAGAGCUCCGAUCUGCACAACAACUAUGGUGUUUUCUUGGUUGAUACCGGGGCUCCUGAAAGAGCCGUGUCCCACUACAGACAGGCCAUCCACCUGAGCCCCACGCACCAUGUCGCCAUGGUCAACUUGGGCAGGCUUCACCGCUCCCUAGGUCAGAACAAAGAGGCUGAGGCAUGGUACAAGCGGGCACUGAAGGUAUCCCGCAAGGCUGAAAUCCUGUCUCCACUGGGGGCUCUGUACUACAACACGGGGAGAUAUGAAGAAGCUUUGCAAGUUUACAGAGAAGCAGCAUCACUGCAGCCUUCAAACAAAGAGACCCGACUGGCUUUGGCCCAGGUGUUAGCAAUGAUGGGGCGGACGAAGGAAGCAGAGAAGAUGACAAACCAUAUACUUGAUGAAGAUGUGGAGUGCCUGGAGUGCUACCGCCUUCUGUCAGCCAUCUACAGCAAGCAGGAGCACUAUGCUAAGGCGCUUGAAGCUAUAGAUAAAGCUCUUCAGCUAAAGCCAAAGGACCCAAAAAUCAUAUCAGAGCUCUUCUUCACUAAAGGAAACCAGCUGAGAGAACAGAAUCUCCUUGAUGAGGCUUUUGAGAACUAUAAACGGGCUGUGGAGCUCAAUUCUGACCAAGCUCAGGCCUGGAUGAAUAUGGGAGGCAUUGAGCACAUCAAGGGAAACUACAUCACUGCCCGUGGCUACUAUGAGAAAGCUUUGCAGCUGGUACCAAACAGCAAGUUGCUAAAGGAGAAUCUGGCCAAGCUCGAUCGCUUGGAGAAACGGUUUCAGGAAGUCCAGGAGAAAGAUCAGACAUAGCAUUCAGUCACACCAGUGGAAAGAAACUCGUACCCCUUGGAGAAGAAUGCGGUGGAAGCCUAUUGCUCAAAGUGACACUGAAGGAAUUUUGGCAGGACUCAGAGUUACGGAAGGCAAUUUUUGAAUGCAUGCU